UUCCUUCUCUUUUUGAGCGGAGCAAUCUCGCGAUCAGUGCGCCAUGCGGCCUCGUGCCUGGCUGGCCACAGCCGUCUCACACUUGCUACUGGGCUACGCUAUCCUCGCACUAUGCCUUGGGCUUGCGGAGGCAGCACGUUCCUCCAUGGUACGGAUUGCCGAGCCGUCGGACACCAACUCCAUUCGUUUCCUGGUGUUCGGCGACUGGGGUGGCCUUCCGUUCUAUCCGUACACCACGAGGAUCCAGCGAAGCCUGACCAAGACCAUGGCCGCCAUUGCCGAAACCAAGAAGAUCCAUUUCAUCCUAUCCCUUGGAGACAACUUUUACUUCAAAGGUGUCCGCAGCGUUGACGAUAGGCGUUUCAAACGAACCUUCGAAGACGUGUACACGGCUCCAUCUUUACACGUGCCUUGGCUCGUAUUGGCUGGCAACCAUGACCACGAUGGGAAUGUCUCUGCGCAGAUCGCCUACACCAAGAGAUCUACUCGAUGGUAUUUUCCUGAUUACUACUACAAGAAGACUUACACCAUUCCCGGUACCAACGACACCCUCGACAUCCUGAUGCUGGACACUGUCCUCUUGUGCGGAAACACGGAUCCAAACGAUGAAGAGUCGCAGCCUUUGCCUCAGAGUCGGGACGAAGCUCUCUACAACCGACAGUUCCGAUGGCUCAACGAAGAGCUCAGCAAAUCAACGGCGAAAUAUAUCCUCGUCGCGGGCCAUUAUCCCAUCUACUCUGCCUGUUCUCAUGGGACCACAAAGUGCCUGCUCAGGGAUUUGGUGCCAAUACUGGAGAAGCAUCGUGUAAACGCAUACUUGGCUGGACAUGACCACGACUUGCAGCACAUCCGGCCCGAAAAGAAAGACUGGACGGUGGAGUACUUCAUCAGCGGCUGUACAAACUUCAUCAACCCUUCCCUCAUCCACCGUCGCUCUCUCCCUCGCAAUUCCCUGAAGUUUGCCUGGGCUUCUGUGUUCAGCUACGGCGGCCUUGCCUACAUGGAGGCGCUCCAGGACACUCUCUCCAUCACGUUUUACGACUCCAGUGCCAAAAUAUUACACGAAAACCACAUGAAACCACGUUGGUAGCUUUCAACGUGAAAGUAAAAAUUAGGACGGCAUGCCCCUGCAUAUCACAAAUAUAUGCAUGGACAUACCCAGUAGGAACGCUCCAGGAUAUUUUGUCGCUGAGGGAUGUUGCAAUUGAACGCAACUGUUUAUAAAUACUUCGAAAUAAAUUAAAGAGGC